UCAAUCAUCAAACUUUUGCUUCUCUUUCAUUUCUUCUCCCUCUUCUGCUUCCUCAGCAUUCUAACUCCACAACCAUGGCUGCAGCUGUAACUGCUGCUGUCUCCUUCCCCUCCUCCAAGUCUUCCUCCCUCCCCACCAGGACCUCCUUAAUCUCACCUGACAGAAUCACCCUCAAGAAGGUUCCUUUGUACAACAGCAAUGCUGGUGGGAGAGUGGUGUCCAUCAGAGCCCAGGUGACCACCACCGAGACUGCGCCACCUGCCAAGGUUGUGAAGGAAUCCAAGAAGCAAGAUGAAGGGGUGGUUGUCAACAAGUACAAGCCCAAGAAUCCGUACAUUGCCAGAGUCCUCCUCAACACUAAGAUCACUGGUGAUGAUGCGCCUGGUGAGACCUGGCACAUGGUCUUCAGCACAGAGGGAGAGGUGCCCUACAGAGAAGGGCAGUCCAUUGGAGUUAUUCCAGAAGGUGUUGACAAAAAUGGGAAGCCUCACAAGCUGAGGUUGUACUCAAUUGCCAGCAGUGCUCUCGGUGACUUUGGAGACUCCAAGACUGUUUCUCUGUGUGUGAAACGUCUCGUGUACACCAAUGACGCAGGCGAAAUUGUUAAAGGAGUGUGUUCAAACUUUUUGUGUGACUUGAAGCCCGCAAGUGAAGUGACGAUCACCGGGCCAGUUGGAAAAGAAAUGCUUAUGCCAAAAGACCCUAAUGCAACCGUCAUCAUGCUUGCAACUGGAACUGGAAUUGCUCCUUUUAGAGCAUUCUUGUGGAAAAUGUUCUUCGAGAAGCACGAAGACUACAAGUUCAAUGGUUUGGCAUGGCUCUUCUUGGGUGUUCCUACAAGUAGCUCACUGCUCUACAAGGAGGAAUUCGAGAAGAUGAAGGAGAAGGCCCCCGAAAACUUCAGGCUUGACUUCGCCGUCAGCAGAGAGCAAACCAACGAGAAGGGUGAGAAGAUGUACAUCCAAACCAGAAUGGCUCAGUAUGCAGAAGAGCUAUGGGAGUUGCUCAAGAAAGACAACACCUACGUCUACAUGUGUGGUCUCAAGGGAAUGGAGAAGGGUAUCGAUGAUAUCAUGGUCUCGUUGGCUGCCAAAGACGGCAUUGACUGGAUAGACUACAAGAAGCAGUUGAAGAAAUCAGAGCAAUGGAAUGUGGAAGUCUACUAAUUUCUGGUCAUCUUGUACAAAUCUCUCUAUCUCUCUCUCUCUCUCUCUCUCUCUCUCUGCGCGAUAAAACAAGGAAAUCUUAAAAGAUUACCACUGCAGUAUGUAGAUAGGUGAAAGUCUUUGCAUCUCUAUUUUUUUUUUUUUUUUUUUUGCCUUCUAUUUUAAUGAAGCUUUUGUAUUAUACUAUUAAAAAAUGGCGACAAUAAUUUUAUUUAUGAGGGUGCAAAUUUAGUGGAAACCUUGUAGGCUCGA